AUGAAGUUUCUCUGCCUCCCUGGUGCCUACGGCAGUGCACAGAACUUCGAAGUCCAAUUCGGUCCUCUCGCGAAAGAAUUCAAACGCCGUGGUCUCGGCUCCUUCACCUACUCGCAAGGCACGCACGAAGUCGCCGCGCCCCCCGGUUGGGAAGACUACUUUGGCAAACCCCCUCUCUACCGGUUUCUCGACGUCUCCCAAGGCGAUGCCUUUGAGACUCUGCGCCGGCUGCGCCACGUACCGCGCGGCCUGAACCCCGAAGACACCAUGCGCCAGCUGCAGGGCGCGACGGUCGAGGAGGACUGGCACCAAGAGGCCUGGCGCCACGCUCUGAAUGGCGUGUUCAAGACCAUCGAUGAAGACCCGGAGAUCGAUGCCAUACUUGGCUACAGCGAGGGCGCGAUGGUGGCGGCGAGCACGAUUGUGGAGGAGGUGGAGCGGUGCGCGCGAGAGAAGGGGAGGGAGCGAAGGAUCAAGUUUGCCAUCUUCAUCGCAGGCGCACCGCCCCUCAAAUUCGAAGGGGACAAGCGCAUCACGGCGCAACUAUACGACGAAGUCGGCACGUGCAUCGACAUUCCGACCCUCCACAUCUUUGGCUGCGACGACGCCUUCCUGACCUCGGCAGUCGCCUUGUUCAACGUCUGCGAACCGAGCAGCGCAGUCAUGUACGAUCACGGACUCGGCCACAUUGUGCCUCGUGACGCUGAGAACGUGGCCCGCCUCGGAACCGUCCUCAGCAAUCUCAUCCCAAAAGUCGAGGACCAAAUCAAAAGAGCGGCACACUUCAGCAGGAAGGAAAAGAGGAGGGAGGAAAAGGAGGCGAAGAAGAACAAGCGGAGGGUGGCUGCUGCGGCCGAGGGCGGUCAGGGAGUGGAAGUAGUGCGACCGGAAAUGCACCAGCGCGGACACUCGCACCUUUCUGCUACGUCGACGCAGGGACGCAGCAGUUCGGGCCCGACAACGAGCGGAAGCAUCACGCCGGCGGAAGUGGACUUUACGGCUGGUGAAAUGAGGGACCGGGUGAGGACCGUGGAUUACGGCGCUGAGAUUGCAUGGAAACGGUCUGGGAACCGCAUGGGGAACGGACAAGACUGCAGUAGAAGGGGGGGUAGGGAGUUGGAGUUGGGACGUGAAAAGGAAACGAGCAACGGCAAAUGUUUGAUACCAGCGACGGCAACAACAGUACACCUCGCCGACAUUCAAUAUAAUCAAAGCGCUUAUGUUACUUCGGAUUGA